GCACAGCGACGGCCGAGUACUCUCGUACGACCAGGCGGUCGCCUACUGCCUUCAGCUCUUCGGCAGGCUACCCGUCCUCCAUGACGUGGCCGCCUUUACUGACGUCGCCACUUUCGUAAACGAUGGAUACUCAGCAAACACUAACAACGGCUACUGGUUAGGCGCGACCAACUCAACUGCCACGCACGUCUGGCAAUGGAGCGACGGCUCGGCUGUGCAGAUCGGCCCUCCAUUCUGGGCUUACAAUGCUCCAUCGAAAGGGGUAUUCGAACCCAAUGGCGGGAGGACGGAGGGCUGUGCCGGGCUCUAUUCCUCUGAGGACUGGGCGUUCCAUGACUUACCUUGUAACAAUGUCUGGAAGCCACUGUGCUCGAGUAAUCCGGUGAAUGGCCUAUGCGCACAUCCGUUUAUUUUGGUGGGUACGCAGUGCGUUCACGUAAUUCUCACAGAACACAACUGGAGUGACGCGCGCACUCAGUGUGGAUUGGUCGGUGGAGACUUGAUCAUUCUAGAUGACUACUACAAGUUCAGAAAGCUGUUCUUCUAUCUCCAGCAGUUUAUAAAAGAUUGGAAUCUAAGGAUACUGUGGAUUGGUGGCUCAGACUUAGCCGUGCAGGGGCAAUGGCGCUGGAUUGACGGUUCGAAGAUGGCCAUGGGGCUGCCAUACUGGGGGACGUCUGCCGUUGGACAUCUAGAACCCGACAACCCUGGCGUGGAGAACUGCCUAGAGCUCAGUUCUGUGUGGAGGUACAGGUUCUCCAACACGCUGUGCUUCAAUACGCGACGUGUGAUCUGCGAGGCACAGCCCUUCUAGAUCUGCGAGGCACAGCCCCUCUAUAGAUCUGCGGCGCAGCUUUUUUAGAUCUACGAGACAUAGCCCUUCUAGAGGAAUACUUUUCAUUUAAAAAUGCUGUAAAAUCCCUAAAGAACGCACCAUUAGAACACUACAUAAGAACACACCAUAAGAACA